AGUAAACAGGAGGAAGAGUUAUGAAUCAUUGUGCUUGAGCCACUCAUUUUGAACCACAUUGUACAGGGAACUCAUAUUACGUAAACAGGUAUGAUAGGCAUCCUGUUCACUUGAGGCAAGAGUUUAAAUAAGAGGUAGCCGACUGCUGUCCCCAAGAGUCCAGGCCAUGUUGGAGAGCCACUGCUGACAGUUGGUGCCCAAAGUCUGGAUUAUCACAACAACCCACCAACAAGAGGGCCGGGAAAAAGAGGAGGCAAAAGCGAGGUGGUGUCGUUGUGCCAUGAGAGGACGCAAUGACUUUGUGUUGACAGCAGAAGGGUUCACGCUACAGACGGUCUUUUCAGCAAUCUUUCCGUGCCCAAGGAGGACGAGGGUCAUCAGGAAAGAUGUUCUUUGUAGCAGGGGCCAAAAACACAGGAUCGGGUAGAGGAAUUGAAAGGAGGUCCAUCUACCAGAAGUUUCGUGAGGUAGAUAUAUUAGACAAGAAGAAGACAGUGACAGCUCUGAAGGCUGGUGAAGAUCGGGCAAUUCUUUUGGGUCUUGGGAUGAUCCUCUCUUCAGUCAUGAUGUAUUUUGUCCUGGGUAUCACCAUACUGCGCUCCUAUGCAGACAGUGUUUGGACAGAGGAGGGAGUAUGUGUUGUUCUCAACUCCACCAUCACAGCAGACAUGAACUGUUCCUACAACUGUGGGUCAGACUGCUGGAGGGUCUCCAAAUACCCCUGUCUGCAGGUCUAUGUGAGCGUCAAUAACACCGGCCAUGUCAGCCGUUUAUCUCACAAUGAAGAGACCCAGGACGCCAGCUCUGAAUGUUUCUAUGUGCCCAAGUGCCAAAAGGACAGCGUGGUCAUGCAUACUAUGAUAAUGAACAUCUCUGAACGCCUGAAGGUAAACCAGCAGGUUCCCUGCUACUACGACCCCAGUGAGCAGCAGGAGAGUGUCCUCCUGACCCGGAUGUAUGGCCACAGCGCCGUUUUCCACUCGCUCUUCUGGCCCUCCUGCAUGCUCGCAGGAGGCACCCUCAUCAUCCUGAUGGUUAAGCUCACACAGUACCUCUCCAUUCUGUGUGAAGAGAUAGGGAAGAUCAAGAGGUGAAGAAGCACAGCAGCUGAGGGAGCUAGACAUACGACUUGGUGAUGGACAUAUGACAUGAAAAGGAUUGUUUUAACUAAAUGACCUCAGUGUGACCUCUUGGAAAUUUCCUCUCUGGCUGACACAGUUGGAACAGCUGGCUUCCUCUCCACACCAAGGAUGGGACUGGUUUUAAAGUGAACUGAAUGUUCCAAGGCAGUAACUGUUAAAAUGCAAAACUGGCUGUUAAAUGUAACACUACGACUAAACUUCUGCAUGUUGUCAAUGAAGAAAGGAACCAUUAUAAAAUGUUUUGAGGGUAUUCGUUUACAGCGGCGUAGUGGGGUAUACUGCUUUGUGGAAUGCUAAAUAUGGUGUAUUACGAGCAUGUGCUUGCUAUCUCACAUAGAUAUACUGAGCUAAAUUUGAACAAGGCACAGCUCUCUUUCCAAAAAUGUCUUGCAGUGUGUUUGCAGUUGUUAAUGUU